UAAAGAGAAAGAGAGAAACUUCCAGUCAUUUCCGGUUUGUUAGCUUUAUCCCACAUUUGUGUGACAUUCAAGUUAAAUAUUUUCUAAUUAAAGCUACUUAUUAUCUACAACUGGAAAAAAGAUUCAUAAAUAAAAUAGAGUUAUUGCCAAAUUUCAAAAUGUCCAACUAUAAGCCUAUUGACGCAAAACGUGAAGAAUUUCGCAAAUACCUGGAACAUGCAGGAGUGAUGGAUGCUCUGACAAAAGUUCUCGUUUCUUUGUAUGAAGAAACUGAUAAACCCGAAGACGCCUUGGAAUAUGUACGUAAACAUUUGGGUGGCAUAACAGAAAGUCCAUCGGAAUUGGAAACUCUCAAGAAAGAAUUGGAGGAAUCAAAUGCAAAAGUUGUAGAAUUAUCAUCAAAAUUAACAAAAUACGAAUCUGAACAAGCACAGGAAUAAGUUGUUUUUUUUUUUUACUUAUUUUUUAUAGACAUAAUUUUGUACUAGUCCUACACUCGUCAUUAAGUUAAAAACUUUUCUAGAGAAAUAUGUCAUAAAUGUGCCUUCAAAUUUGAUCUAGUAUUACGUAUCAAACAUGGACUUUAAAAUGUAUAAUACACAUCUUUUGAUAGUUUAACAAGUCUCAUGAUUAUACAUGUAAACGAUAGAUUGACAAGUAUUUAAAGAAAUGACUUAAAUUUAUCAA